UUCCCUAGCCCAGACCAUGUCCCUCCUCCCUGGGCUGGAGGUAGCAAGAUCCACUCACCCUGCAAAGGCAUCAUCUGAAGAGGGCUCCCUGGAGGAGGUGGCACCCUCCAUGCCCCAAGACAGUGGUCUUGAGGCUCACCAGGCUCUGAACAGCACUGACCUCGAUGUCCCCACAGAAGCUGUGACGUGCCAGCCUCAAGGGAACCCCCAAGGCUGCACCCCACUACUGCCAAAUGGCUCCGGCCAUGACCACCUCUCAGAACCGGGCAGUGCCGGGCAUGCGGGGAACGGUGCUCUGGGAGGGCCCAAGGUCCACCGGAAGUUGCAGACGCAUCCAUCUCUGGGCAGCCAGGCCGGAAGGAAGAGCAAAGGCAGCACGCGGUCAGCCUCCCAGGUUCCCCUCCAGGCACAGGAAGAUUGCUGCGUCCACUGCAUACUGUCCUGCCUGUUCUGUGAGUUCCUGACGCUCUGCAACAUCGUCCUGGACUGCGCCACCUGUGGCUCCUGCAGCUCUGAGGACUCCUGCCUCUGCUGCUGCUGCUGUGGGUCCAGCGAGUGUGCGGACUGUGACCUGCCCUGCGACCUGGACUGCGGCAUCCUGGAUGCCUGCUGCGAGUCGGCGGACUGCUUGGAGAUAUGCAUGGAGUGCUGUGGGCUCUGUUUCUCCUCCUGAUGCCACAGUGUGGCCCCGGAGCUGCCACACAAAGCUUGACGCCUCCCCUGACCCCGGGCUCCCUCAGAAUCCCAACCCAGAUGUGAGAAGGUGGGACACUCAGAGGGGCCACCUCAGCCACGGAGCAGGUCUGCUUUCAGAAGCAUAGCCCGGUCCCCUCAGCAUACAUAGCCUGGUCCCCUCAGCGGGUGACCAGGAACACGGCAUCUCGAGCCUGGUAGGACAGAACCAGUUAGCUGCCUCGACUCAGAACACUGUGAACGGUAGGGGAGGGGGCAGAAAUGGGAGGCCCAUGCCCUCCACCUUUGCUCCAGGUGCCUGCCUCCCUCCGCUUCCCCCAGCUUAGAGGACAGAAAAUGUGAAAAGGCACCUGCCCUGCCCACUGCCAGGCCCCCACUCUCCUCCCCAGCUCAUUUACUGGGCUCUUGUAGGGGCCUAACCCAUAGAGUGACCCAAGAAGAUGGGGUUUAGGGUGGGAGUGGGUAGGAGGGGGGGCAAUAUGGAAAAGACUGGAAGGGGGGAGGGAGGGUCUGUUCUAUUCCUUACUGUAAAUAAAGAUAUCCGUUCAAUCUCCA